AUGUCUACCACCAAAGUGGCUCAUAUGCUUUAUCCUUAUUCAUGGGAAUUGGCAGUAUGGGCUAACCAACAACGCUAUCCAACUCAUGAACGAUACCCCAUGCUCAAGGCAUCCGAGAUCCUUUCUGAUGAGGUGUUCUUUUCCCAACAAGAUAUCGAAACACUUUCACAACAGACAUCAUCAUCCAUUGCAAACGCACAACAUCAACCAUACCGCCGAGGUGAUCAUUGCACUUGCUAUCUUGAUUUGAUAUUAUUAUCCGCCGAUGAUGAACAACGACAAAGUAACCCUGUACCCAAUCUCACUACAUUUCCACCAAGAGUGGAUGUCCCCAAUGAUAUCAUUGCAAUGAUGCCUUAUGGCACGGAUGAAGAACCUCUUGUUCCAUUGUCGGGUAUACGCCGAAUCGUACGCCGUUGCCAUGUCGCGUUGCCAAAUGUGAUGCGUAUGUUGCCAGCCUCUUCCAUCCCUUCGGAUAUGAUCAUUCGACAUGAAACAUGGAUCGAUUCAAGUCGACGACAAAUGACUAUUGUAACCUUAAACGAGAUGGCAUCAGAGGCAGCUAUUGUUGGAGAUGUGACCAUCUAUCGUGCUCUCGAUGGUCAAGAUGCUAUUAGACCAUGGCGCGGCAAGGCACCUGUAGCACCCCUGACACCCGAAUAUGCAAUCGCAUCACCAUCAUUGCUAUCAUCUUCGUCAUCACCUUCCUCUCCCUCAUGGUGUUUGUUUAUGCAAUACGCAUACUUCCAAGUAUCACCUUCUUUCAAGAUCCCAUUUCGAUCCAAGAUUGAACGCACAUUUUUAAACUUGUAUCGGCGUAAUACAGAAAAAGGACGCAUGUUGGAUAUGGAAAUCAUGGCACAAAGAGCCAAGCAGCAGCAGCAGCAGCAAGAAGAGUGA